AGAGGAAGGAAGGGGGUUGGGGAGAGAGCUUGAGGUGGGGAACGAGGGGUGGCUGAGCUGUGGGCGCUGCAUCGGGGGGAGAGGAAGCAACGCGGGAAUCGCCGGCAGAGAGGGAGGGGGCUCUGUGGGGAUGCGCUCAGGCCGGAGGGGCAGCUUCCCCGAAAGCGGUAGAGCCCCAAAGACACCAGGCGGCCAGACCUGCGGGUCGCGGAGGGGUAGAGUGAGCCUGGGCUCCUCGAGGGGGCUUCCGGGCCAGGGAGGCAGCUCCAGGUGUGAGGCCACUGAGUGAGGAGAGAAGGGUCCCCAGGGAAAGGGAAGGGGCAGAACAGCUGCAGAAGUGCAGGGAGCGGGAAGGUACUAGGGCAGCAGCUUCCCGCCACCACCAGCCGGGGCAGCAGCAGGAACAGCAGGGGGAGGAGCAACAGCUGCCGAAUUCACCAACUAGAGGAGGGGGAGGCGGAGCUUAGUUCACUGUAGCAGCCGGAGGCGCAGUCUGGACUGUAGUUUCCCGGGAGAGACGAGAGCAGGAACACGAGCAGAGCGGAGCGCAGUCCUCCGAGCAUCAGCUCCAGCAUCCCACCAGGGGUUGCAGGUGUGUGGGAGGUUUGAACUCUCCCAUCAUGGCUUUCCUUGGACUCUUGUCUUUGCUGGUUCUGCAAAGUUUGGCUUUAGGGGCCACUUUCCCUGAUGAAACCAUUGCCGAGUUGUCAGUGAAUAUGUAUAACCAUCUUCGAGCCACUGGGGAAGAUGAAAAUAUUCUUUUCUCUCCACUGAGUGUUACCUUCGCUAUGGGAAUGAUGGAACUUGGGGCCCAAGGGUCUACCCUGAAAGAAAUCCGUCAUUCGAUGGGAUAUGACAGCCUGAAAGAUGGUGACGAAUUUUCCUUCUUGAAGGAUUUUUCUAACAUGGUAACUGCUAAAGAGAGCCAGUAUGUGAUGAAAAUUGCCAAUUCCCUCUUUGUGCAAAAUGGAUUUCAUGUCAAUGAGGAAUUUUUGCAAAUGCUGAAAAAGUAUUUUCAUGCAGAAGUAAAUCAUGUGGACUUCAGUCAAAAUAUAGCUGUGGCCAACCAUAUCAAUAAGUGGGUGGAGAAUAACACAAAUAAUCUCUUGAAAGAUUUGGUAUCCCCAAGGGAUUUUGAUGCUGGCACUCAUUUGGCACUCAUCAAUGCUGUCUAUUUCAAGGGGAACUGGAAGUCACAAUUUAGACCUGAAAAUACUAGAACCUUUUCCUUCACUAAAGAUGAUGAAAGUGAAGUCCAAAUUCCAAUGAUGUAUCAACAAGGAGAAUUUUAUUAUGGAGAAUUUAGUGAUGGCUCCAAUGAAGCUGGUGGUAUCUACCAAGUCCUAGAAAUACCAUAUGAGGGAGAGGAGAUCAGUAUGAUGUUGGUGUUGUCCAGACAGGAAGUUCCACUGGCCACUCUGGAGCCAUUGGUCAAAGCACAGCUGAUUGAAGAAUGGGCAAACUCUGUGAAGAAGCAGAAAGUGGAAGUGUACCUGCCCAGGUUCACAGUGGAACAGGAAAUUGACUUAAAAGAUGUUUUGAAGGCCCUUGGAAUAACUGAGGUUUUCAUCAAAAAUGCAAAUUUGACAGCCCUGUCUGAUAACAAAGAGAUUUUUCUUUCCAAAGCAAUUCACAAGUCCUUCAUAGAGGUUAAUGAAGAAGGCUCAGAAGCUGCUGCUGCCUCAGGCAUGAUUGCAAUUAGUAGGAUGGCUGUGCUGUAUCCUCAAGUUAUUGUCGACCAUCCAUUUUUCUUUCUUAUCAGGAACAGGAGAACAGGUACAGUCCUAUUCAUGGGCCGGGUCAUGCAUCCUGAAACAAUGAACACCAGUGGACAUGAUUUUGAGGAACUUUGAAUCAUUUCAUAUGUAAAAUAGUAACCAAACACAUUAUGUGUGCAACUGGUGCAGUUAAGAUUCGUGUUUUACGGUAUAUCUUAUGAUACUAUUUAAAAAUAGCUCCAGAUAAAAACAGUGUAUGUAAAUUAUAAGCCAACUUGUCAAGGAAUGUUAUCAGUCUCAUUGAGGUGAUGGUCCUGUGGUGUCACUGUGUUUGUUGUGCUGUUAUUUAAAAUAAAAGUACAUAUUGAUCAUGUGAA